AUGGAGCCAGAACUCCCUCGAGUAGCUGCGACGGGCCUCCGAGUGGAAUCCUUCCACUUGAAUGUCGGAGCAGGCGAUGGAGCUAUCCAUCUACUUACUUGCGAUAAACUCGCUCAAUUUGCUCCAGACGAACGUCGCGUCGUCUUGCAGGCUUAUAUCAUAGACGGCGGCAGAAAGUCACUUACAUGCACCAACCUGAUUUCUCAACUCAUCCGACGUAUCGAGGGAUGGUACAAGAGCCCUUAUACACAAAACGGCCACAACUAUCUCAAGUUUGAUGGGUUUAUGGUCACACACUGGGACAAUGAUCAUUUUGGUGGUCUAGAGAAAUGGCUUGCCAUUCAGAUUGCUCCACAUACAUUCGGAAAUGGAACGACCCGGCACAUUAUCUCAAGAGCGCGAUAUGACGUUGACAAUGGAAAUCCUCUCAGCUGGAUGUACUCGCCAUGGGAGUGGCCCGAUCAGUCUCAAUUCUCAGUAGACGAGGACAAUGGCAUUGGAUACCUACGUCAAGGCAACAGGCUGAAUCUAGCAAAGGUCCGAGUCAGGCAUGAGAUUCUGCUUGGACGGAAUAUCUUCCGCCAGAUAGCAGAACCGAUCGAUCCAAAGUACAGCCUUCAGAAGGUACAGAAUCUGGACGUGCUAUUAAAUACAGUCAACCCCGUACAGGAACCAGAUACUCCUAAUAGCCUCAGGUUGAAGGUGGAUGGGACCACGGUGGCGAUGCCAGCAAUGUACUGUAUUGCUGCGGAAGGUAAAAAGCUGGGAAGGAAUAUCGCUGCUCUCCAUACCGAGAAGAACAUGUCGAGUCUGGUUUUCAUCGUGGUAUGGAAGCACCUGGAUGGCACACACCACAUCUCACACUACUUUGCCGGUGAUGCCCAUAUCGAACUGGAGCAAGCUUUGGCAGGAUGGCUAGAUGGGGGCUAUGCCCCGAACCAAAAACCUUCCGCGUACCCAAUCACCACCACGAAGCUGAGUCACCACGGGGCGCAUUCAUCUAACCCUAGAGGGAGUUUCACGCAAUUUCAGGCCAAGAACAUUCUUGUUUCUGCCGGGGGGCAGUAUAGCCAUCCGACUUGGCAAGUAGUAUUAGCUAUAUACUUCUGGUUCCACCUCAGGCAGGAAACAAGCGACACUCCCUUUCGCAAACCUUUUAUUCCUUGCCGAUGGCCGUAUUGGCUACUUGCAAACAAGAGUGGAAGAAAUGUUCUCUCCAAGAUCGAGAAAGCCGACAUGGCACGGGAAACUAAGAGUCUUUCUGGCCUGAGCCUGAAGGACGAGACAGCCAAAGUGUUCAAGGACGUCAACGGCACUAGAAUCAAGCUAAAAAAGGCCGCUAUCAAGAACGUAUUUAGACAUUGCUGGGACGACGACGAUGAUGUGGACAUGGACGAGUUACUGAAUACCUUUUGCACGGUAAUGGGACAAAUCUCAGUCACUUCUACUGCAGCACCUGGUAGUCUCACCGUGGGCCUCAAUGGACCGACAAGAGUCCGUGUUUUAGAUAUGCUGGGAUACCAAGUCACUUCUGCGCCGACCAGUGACCAAGACGGCGUGGUGAACGUUGUCGGCUCGAAUGGACUGACCAAUCCUGUGUAUCACAACCUGGACGCAGCUGUUCAGCACUCGCCCUCCUCUCGGAGUAUCACCAGACGCCAUAGAUCUUCCACGAGAUCUCCGGUAAUGGCACAGGACUUCCCAAUUAAUACCUCCACUGCCCUUCUGGCCGCCAGAUCUAUGAGAGGCUUAUUUCAUUCCGAGACCGAUGCGCCAGGAGGGAUAGACAUGCAUCCAUACAAGGGCUUUGACCAGCCGCGGAUGUUCGAUCUUACAGAUGGCCCUCCGGAUUGGGACAAGAUUCGAAAGCUGAAAGGCCUCUAUGGGAAUUCCUCAACACUGGUUUCGGAAAUCACGGAUCCGCCCAAGUCGAGUGAGCAGGAGCAGUUAGAUGAGGAUUGGGAAGACCUGGGUGACUCGCUAUCAAUGUCAACUGGUUCGCGUCGAGCGAGCUGGGCUACCAGUGUUUCCCAUACGAAUUUGGAUAUCGCCUUUCCUACGGCUGACACCCAGACACCAGCCCGAGCACCUCGACUAACCACUGUCUUAUUCCAAAACGUUCCUCCUGAAGUUCGUGCUCUGGCAGCCGAGGUAUACCUGAUAGUGAAGGACGAGAAAGACCCAAACUCCGAGCCCAAGGCACCAGUUGGAAGCAAAGCAUACGUCUUACCUGAGGAGAGUUCGCACUACGGCUUCUUGAACACGUUGCACUAUCAAGGAAUAGGCCUCACUGGCGAGCCUCAUUCGGAAAACUCCACUCCCGUUGAUGACGAAGACGAGAUCUUCCAGUGGCUGGCUCGGUAUUCUAGCUGGGAUCCGGAAAAGAGCCCAGUGCCCGAUGGAUUUGCACUUGCAAUAAGACCCGUUACCAAAUGGCCCGUCACCGAUUGGGAGAACACGAAGUUGCACUUUGAGAUGACGGUCCCGUUCCUAACCAAAGCACAUCUUCGUUUCAGCACAGACCUAGGAGCUAAACUCACGUUUUCGAAGGUCGAUGCUACAGAUGUUACUCCGUCCAAGAGGGAGGUGACCGAAGAUGCACUAAAUGACUUUCUCGUCAACCGCAGGUCAUUGGUGUUCGGGUUGGAGUCUCUAACAACCCCAUUAAAGACCACCCUCGCCGAGCUUGCUACCUACAUGAGAGUCGACAUGCUCUCGAGCCCUCUUCUUGACUUCCUGACAAGAGAGCUGGAGUUAACAUUGGAUACCAACAAAGACUUCCACAACGCCAUUUGGUUUCGUCCGUCGAUGGAUUACGAAACCAUCAUGCGACUACAAUUUCAUGCCGAUAUUAGUGGCUUCAACAGCUGGCUUCAUACUCUAAGCCCAUCACUUAAAGUCGACACCCUUCGAGUGAUAGGACGAAAGAAAGCCAGCUGGGUCUGGAUGUCUCCCAACGACAAGAUGGUCUUUACUUCCUCACUUACCUUCCUUUGCCAAAUGAGCAUCUCAUCAAAACUACAGCUUGAGGGUGUUUUUGCAGCAGCCGAGGACUCAGUCUCCCUUACAUUGACUCUUAAUCGAGCAGCGAUCGAGAAGAGCUCAUCUUCUAUUGAAGCCAUGUCUGGUUCUAACGGUGUACUGCAAGAUAUCAUGUCUUGGCUUGCUGCCAACUUUCAAGUAUCGAAUAAGGAAGGGCUUGACGAAAUCCUUGACAAGGCCAAGAACUCCGAACAGGGUGUCAUUGGCGACAAGAGUAUACUCCCAAGGCGCAUCGAAAUCCUACUCGGCGUAGGUCCUGACGGAAAGAUCACAGGCGUCAGAGGUGUGAGCAUCGACAUCGAGGCUCGUUUGACCAUCGGUAAACCUGCUACUGCUGUCGUCGCUGAGAUGCAGGCUGUUUUCCUGUUUAAUGUUGGUUGGAGCAAAGACGAUGGAUUUAAUCUCAAAGGAAAGCUUUGGUCUGUCAUUCCAGACACCCCCUUUGCACAAUAUGACCGAGCUUUGCCGGAGUUUGAGGAGUAUGAGUAUCUGGAUCCUAUCUCUCCUGUCGACACCAAGAACCAGAUGCGCACCAUUGAUAUCGCUAGGCUUCUUUCUGACAAAGACGGUGAAGUCACCAACUUGCCGGCUGGUAUCCCAAACGAGAUUUACCUCUGCGAGAUUUCCCUUACACAGGCCAAUGUGGCUUUCAGCGGUGCUAUACGCUGUUCCAAACCACUUGCUGAUAGUCCCGGUGGCAGUGGGACACCACCACCACCAAUGCCUCCAACAAUCUCUCUGGACAAGGUAGAGCUCGACGCUUCCUAUACUUGGGGAACCACGAGUCCCAGCGAUAAAGGAUUCCAGAUGAACUUGGCUAUUUCCAUCGACCUUUACCUCGGUGGCGAGUUAACCGAGGAUAAGAGCCUGGAGGAUCAAUAUGCGGAAUCAGCAAAGCUCUUUGGUCAAGUGACGUAUGAUCGGGGUAACUGGGCCAUCGAGGCUGCUGCAUACGAACUUUCCAUCGAGCAUCUCCUGCAAUUCUGGGAUCUCGAUGACCGUGGACCUAUUUCGGACUUUCUGGGAAAAAUUAACAUCGAUUCCAUCAAGCUCAAUUAUGAGUUCAAGAACGGCAAGACAGAGACUGGAGCCUUUAUUGACGAUGGCAAGGACGUCAAAGCACCGAGCCUGCUGAAGAUCGAAGGCGAGUUCACUAUCGCUGAUGUUGUUUCUUUGACUUUCGACUACACAAACGAAGGAGGUGAAGGUUGGGCUUUGACAGCUGGUCUCGGUCCGUCCAAGACUCAUGAGAAGGCAACUGUAGGCGGCUUAUUGUCUGGGUUCCUCGAUACCGUCGUGGUCAACAGUCUACCAGAUGGCAUCCGAGACGCAGCUAUCCAAAACGCCGAGGGAGCAAAGGCAUUGCGACUCUUGGUAGCCAAAAGCCAAGGUGUCUCCGUCUUUGCACUAUUGAUCCAGAUUGAGAAGGUCAGUGUUUGGUUCAUCCAACUUCGCCAAGGUCCCAAGGGUGUGGUAAAGAGAAUCCUCAAGGCUGCGAUCAGCAAAAUCUCAGUGGACGUAUCUGCUUUCCAGACCACCAUCAACAGUCCCUGGGAGGAACUCUUUUUUAUGUGGGUCCAAGACAAGACUGUUCCAAAGCAGGGCGUUGAUGCCUUGACGGGUAUCUCACAGAAAGAGUUUGAGGCUAUGUCACAGGUGAUGAAGGAUAAGUUGAACGUGACAGACGAACAACUUCUUCUUUUCAAGCCCGCUGCCAACAAAGACCCUGCUCCGACCGUUCAACGUCAGCUUCGUCGCAUGACUCCAUCCGCUCCUGGCGAUGGAAAAGAUGACAAUGGUAAGGAUGGUGACGAUAAAGAGGCGAACAACGUUGUCAUGGCAGCAGGGUCUCACUUGGUCAUCGUGGCUAAGAAGGACGGCAAGCCAGGCGUCAUACUUGACUAUCUGUUCGGGGCCAAGAAGAAGCCCGCUCCUGGGAAGAGUAUGGUUCCUUAUGAUGCUCCCGUCGUCAAAGGAAAAGGCCCAGACGCCAGUGGUUCCGAGAAAGGUGUCAAGGCUCCCUACAAGGUCAAGAUCGGGCCACUGUCAGUUGGCAACGUCGGUCUUUGGUUCAAGGAUGGUAUGAUCGGCGUUACUCUCGACGCUACCCUCCUCAUGGGGCCUCUUGGACUGUCACUUCUUGGCUUCUCGAUCGGAGUUCCCUUUGGUGGGAAAUACUCUCUUGCCAAUCCACCACCUCCAAGUGCCAUUGACUGGGGUCUUUCCGGCCUUAUCCUAUCCAUGGACAAGCCUCCUCUUACUAUCGCGGGAGGUUUCAUGCGCGAUACCUCCAUGGAGAACGUCGAAGUUAUGUAUACUGGCGGCCUCAUUGUCGGCUUCAAGCCGUGGAGCUUCGAAGCCAUGGGGGCUUAUGCCACGGUGUACAAAACACAAACUGCAUCAGGGGAAUGGGUCACUACGAUUGACACCAAGCCUUUGAGCCAGUUCUCUCUACUUUCUCUCCAGGACGAUGUAGAGGAUACUGAUGGAAAUGAGGUUGUAAAGACAGGCGGCGAGAAGAGACCAACCUUUACCUUCUCCUUCAUUUACGUCAAAAUGAAUGGUCCUCUAUUCUCCGUCGGAUUCGCCGAUGUGGCUGGUCUCGUCGGUGGAUUUGGCAUCAACUCUGACAUCACCCUCCCAACCGUGGAGCAGGUCAUCUCCUUCCCCUUUGUCGCCGAACGAGAUUCUGCAGAGGAAUCGACCCCGGUGCAGCGUAUGCAAGACCUUAUGCAAGGAUCUUGGUUUCGUCCUGCAGAAGGACUAUACUGGGCUGCUGCGGGUGCUCGAGUCACUGCUUUCCAAAUGUUUGCUGCCAAUAUUGUCCUUGUCUUACAAUUCGGCAACGGAAACCUCCUAUUUGGCAUAUUCGGAGUGGCUACCUGUGAUGUCCCUGCUUUGGAAGCGCCUGUCAAGUUUGCGCACGUCGAGCUAGGUAUUGUCUGCACGUUCGACGUCAACAGCGGGAUUUUCAAAUUCGAAGCACAAUUGUCCCCUAGAUCCUUUGUGCUAGCUCCUCAGUGCCAUCUUACAGGUGGUAUGGCUCUCUUCUCAUGGGCCAAGGGUGAUCGCAGUGACUCGGACCCCAAGAACCAAAUCUCGGCUGGUGAUUGGGUCUUGACAAUUGGAGGAUAUCACAGAGCUUUCUUUCCACCCAAGCAAUAUCCAAAGCCGCCACGAUUGGGCAUUAGUUGGUCGUUGAGUUCCUGCUUAAGUGUCAAAGGAGAAGCCUACUUUGCCAUCACCCCCAAGGUAUGCAUGGGCGGUGGCAAGAUUCGAGCGGCCCUCAGCAUUGGCCUUUUAUAUGCUUGGUUCGAUGCCUUCAUGGACUUUUUAAUGAACUUCGAUCCAUUCUACUUCCAAAUGACAGCUCGUGUGUCUGUCGGAGUACGCUUCACGCUGGACCUUUGGUUGGUAACUAUUCGCAUCAGCGUCGAGAUCAGUGCUGGUCUAGACUUGAUGGGUCCUCCAUUUGGUGGCGUUGUUCAUGUCGACUUUUGGGUGUUUGGGUUCGACAUCAAGUUUGGUGCUUCGCCUAAACCACCACCCGCUAUCAAUCUGGACCGUUUCUUCCAGGUUGCCACCAAGACUGGCUCAUCUUCUGCAUCUUCUUCCCGAUUCUUGGAGGGAGACUCUGACAGUGCACUGUCGCAAGCAAAGUCACAACCUGAUACCGCAGCAAUCCUUCUCACGUGUGAGACAGGGCUAUUACCACCGUUUCAAGAUACAGAAGCCAAGCCUGCUACCUCAACUGCAGGUGAUAGCCCUGAAGACGAGAAGUGGUACGUGAAGGGCGGUAACUUCACGCUUAAUGCUUCCUUCCAAAUCCCACUCACUGCCGCUCGACUCACCGAAAGGCGGAUGAAAGUCGUUGGUGAUGGGAAGGAGGAGGAAACCCGGUACGCCGACUGCAUUAUCGAAGACAAGUACAAGAAGGUCUAUGCCAAGCCCAUGCAGCUCCACGAACCCCUUACUUCGACAGUCGUCAUCUCCGUCAAGGCGCCAGAACCCCGGAAGAAAAAGACACAAGACAUACAUGUUUUGGAGAGUUGGCAAGAUCAGAAGUGGAAGCUCGCGGCGCAGGUCAAACCUGUUCAGAGCUCCAUUUGGGGACAAUACGAUAGGAACCAAGACCCGAGCCAAGUCAAGGGGCCUAUCGAAGGGUUACUGAAUGGAAAGGACGCAACCAUGCAAUUAGUCACGGGCAUUAGUAUCGUUCCUCCCAACCCGGCCGUGGCUGGUGACUUGGUAAACAAGUUCAAUGUUACCAAAGACCACAUGGCUUCCGUACUUGACCCCAAGAAGCCCGAAUGGCCUUUGUUCAUUGGUGUGACGAAGGAGCAGGAGAAGGCUUGGGCACCAAAGGAGAGAGGCACAGAUUGGGAUGAUUUGACUGGUGAGUGGAGAAAGGUGGGAGAUACAACGACGUCGAAGGCUGUGGAUCUAUGGGCCAAGAGGAUGCGGUAUGAUGAGGAAAGUGUGGAAGGGGAUCAGAAGGACGAGAAGCUCAAAGGGACUUUCAGCCCUCUGCGAGGGAUUGCACCGAAGAAGCUUCUGAAUAAUUACACGCAGCUGGUGCCUGCGCUCCCGUUGGUGGCGGUCGGGUUUUGA